CCCUUUCUCCCCACAUACAAUGACACUGGGAUCCGUGGGAAACAGCAGCAGCAUGAUGUCUUCCUUCCUGCUGAGUGGCAUUCCUGGGCUGGAGCAUGUGCACAUCUGGAUCUCCAUCCCACUAUGCUUCAUGUACCUGGUCUCCAUCCUGGGCAACUGCACAAUUCUUUUCAUCAUUAAAACAGAGCCCUCCCUCCAUGAGCCUAUGUACCUCUUCUUGUCCAUGCUGUCUCUGACUGACCUAGGGCUGUCCCUUUGCACCCUCCCAACAGUGCUGGGUAUCUUUUGGGUUGGGGCACGAGAUAUUGGUCACGAUGCCUGUUUUGCCCAGCUCUUUUUCAUUCACUGCUUGUCCUUCCUGGAGUCCUCUGUGCUACUGUCUAUGGCUUUUGACCGUUUUGUGGCUAUUUGCCGCCCCCUGCACUAUGCUUCCAUUCUCAACAACACAGUCAUUAGCAGAAUUGGCCUUGCAUCUCUGGGCCGGAGUGUAGCCCUCAUUUUCCCCUUGCCUUUUAUGCUCAAAAGAUUCCCCUACUGUGGCUCUCCAGUCCUCUCACAUUCCUAUUGCCUCCACCAAGAGGUGAUGAAAUUGGCCUGUGCAGACAUUAAGGCCAAUAGUAUCUAUGGCAUGUUUGUCAUUGUCUCCACAGUAGGUGUAGACUCACUGCUGAUCUUCUUAUCCUAUGCUCUGAUCCUGCGAACUGUGUUAUCCAUUGCCUCCAGGGCUGAGAGGCUCAAAGCUCUUAACACAUGUGUUUCCCACAUCUGUGCUGUGCUCCUCUUCUACACUCCCAUGAUUGGCUUGUCUGUCAUCCAUCGCUUUGGAAAGAAGGCACCCCAUCUGGUCCAGGUGGUUAUGGGCUUUGUGUAUCUUUUGUUCCCUCCUGUGAUGAACCCCAUUGUCUACAGUGUGAAGACUAAACAGAUUCGUGAUCGGGUGACCCACGCUCUUUGUUACUAAUUAGGUCAAGUCUUGGAGGCACCAUCUCCUUCAAUGC